AAUCAGAGAAGAUAGGAACCCACAGAUACAAGUAAACAAAGAGGAAAUAUGGUACAUAGAUCAUGAGGCCAGCAGUGUGAGGGGGAGGAUCUUAGACUUCUUCAGCGAGAUUAACUGUGGUGACCUGGGAAUGCCUUUUUUCUUUUAUGAAGUUUGUAAGUGAUUGUAGCAAGUUUCAGAGAACUUUUCUUUUAAACUCCUAUGGUAUUCUGCCCUCUCCCUCCCCUGAUUCCUCCCCAGUGUACUGUGUCUGUUACACAGAGUGUUAUUAGCUUAAUUUUUUUCUAUGAUACUUCACCACUUUUCUAAAACACGUGCUGACUGACUUGUUAUUAACUUACUUCUCUACAGGGUGUGAUAGGUGUACAGUUGGUGGUUACCAUGGUAAUGGCUAGUGUCAUACAGAAGAUCAUACCUCACUAUUCUCUUGCUCGUUGGCUUCUCUGUAGUGGCAGCUUACGGUGGUAUCAACACCCCACUGAAGAAGAACUGCGGAUUCUUGCAGGCAAGCAAAGAGGGAAGAGUAAAAAAGAUAGAAAAUAUAAUGGUCAUAUUGAAAACAAGCCCUUAACCAUUCCAAAAGAUAUUGAUCUUCAUCUGGAAACAAAAUCUGUAACAGAAAGGGACACUAUUGCAUUGCAUUACUUUCCGGAGUAUCAAUGGUUGGUGGAUUUCACUGUUGCAGCUACAGUUGUGUAUGUGGUGACAGAAGCCUAUUACAGCAUUAUGAAGCCUUCACAAGAAAUGAAUAUCAGCAUAGUGUGGUGUUUGCUUGUCUUGGCUUUCGCAGUUAAGGUACUGUUUUCAUUGACUACCCAUUAUUUCAAAGUUGAGGACGGAGGUGAAAGAUCAGUCUGUGUCACCUUUGGUUUUUUCUUCUUUGUGAAAGCAAUGGCAAUACUCAUUGUGACGGAAAACUAUCUAGAGUUUGGAUUGGAAUCAGGAUUCUCGAAUUUCUCAGAAAGUGCUAUGCAGUUUCUUGAAAAACAAGGUUUGGAAUCCCAGGGUCCUGUGUCUAAACUAACCUUCAAAUUGUUCCUGGCUGUUCUGUGUUCACUUAUUGGUGCUUUUUUGACAUUCCCUGGCUUGCGACUGGCUCAAAUGCAUCUGGAUGCUCUGAAUUUAGCAACAGAAAAAAUAACACAAACAUUGCUGCAUAUAAACUUCUUGGCACCUUUAUUUAUGGUUCUACUGUGGGUAAAACCAAUCACUAAGGACUACAUUAUGAGCCCACCUUUGGGCAAAGAGAGCAUUCCUUUAAUGUCAGAAGAUACAUUUGAUACCAUCAGAUUGUGGAUUAUAAUCCUGUUGUGUGUUUUACGGUUGGCUAUGAUGCGUCAUCAUUUGCAGGCCUAUCUGAAUUUAGCCCAGAAAAGUGUGGAUCAGAUGAAAAAGGAAGCUGGUAGAAUAAGUAUGGUCGAAUUACAGAAAAUGGUGGCUCGGGUGUUCUAUUAUCUCUGUGUAAUUGCACUGCAGUAUGUUGCACCAUUGGUAAUGCUCCUUCACACAACUCUGCUCUUGAAAACACUAGGUAAUUAUUCUUGGGGCAUCUACCCAGGAUUGAAUUCUGACUCUCCAGUAGAAAACAGUCUGCUUCCCAAUUCUGUUAACUCUGAGUCUCCACCUGCUGAUGGAAAGAUGAAAGUAACUGUAGUACAAAUAACAAUGGCUCUGGGAAGUCUAAAGAAUAUUUUCACUCCUCUCCUGUUCCGAGGACUCCUGUCUUUCCUCACCUGGUGGAUUGCAGCUUGUCUUUUUUCUACAAGCCUUUUUGGGCUCUUCUAUCACCAGUACCUGACUGUGGCGUGAACAUGUCAACUGGCAGAGCAAGGUUGAGGCUAAAUUCUAGAUACAAACCCAGGUACCAAGAGGAGAUGAAGAGAAAAGAAAACUAUAUAUGUGAAGAGAAAACAUAUCAUAAUUAUUUUUAAACACUUCCUUGGUGUUCUCAGGGUGAAUAAUCUUAAAAUGUUUAAAAUUGCAACUGGGUUUGUUAUUUUUGUUACCCAAAUGGUAGGUAACUAAUUCAAUUAGAGUCCUGGGACUGACUGACAUUAUUGUGUUGUAGAUGGUGGUAAGCAUGCUGAAAAGGUGUGACCUCUUGGUUUCCAUAAACAGAAAGCCAAACUCAAAAAUUUGUUUUUUAAGCAUCAACAGUCACUGACUGAACUGCAUUCAAAGGGUACUGGACAUAGUGAUGGUGGCUGCCUAUUGAUUAAGCCUUGAAACUGAGCCAUACAGUGAAAGGAGAGAGAGGGGAUUUAAAAAAAAAUUCUGUUGGAUAGCUGUUCAUCACUUUUCUCCUUGGAAAAUGAAAAAAUCCAACAGGACAAAAGACAUACUGUAUAUUACAGUAAGGAAUGUUGUAUAAAAUAUAAAUUUAACAAGAGUAGAUGUAUGUACCUGACAGGUAUUGCUGCUACAUAUUUUGCAGGAGUGCUUGUGCAGUAAGAAGAGAGUUAUAACAAAUAUAUUAUUUCAGUCCCUGUAGUCAUUUUGAAGUAAUGGCCGUCUGUAUUGGUGCUAGUAUUGAUCCACAGAUUGCAUUUGGAUCUUUUAAAUUUCUUCUUUUGAGGUAGUAGAUAAAUUUCAUUGAAUUUGCAAAAGAA